AUGACCGACGCUUUGGCUCAGAUUGGGAUUUUUGAUCAUAACUUGAAAGCUGCCCCCUCUACUUCCGGCGAUCUGUCACAGUUUGUGCAGAAAGAUGUGAUCGACGAGGACGACUACGCGAAGUACAAGAAAAUCGAGCGUCAACUGGAGCACCUUGAUGUCAUCGAGGAGUACAUCAAGCUUGAGACACGCAACUUGGAGAAGGAAUUGCUUCAUGCCCAGGAGGAGGUGAAACGAAUCCAAUCAGUCCCGCUGGUUAUUGGCCAAUUUUUGGAAGCCGUAGACCAAGACCAUGCUAUCGUUGGAUCGACUACUGGUUCGAAUUACUACGUCCGAGUGCUGUCCAUUUUGGACCGAGAGUUGUUGAAGCCCGGAUGCUCAGUGGCUCUGCACAAAUACAGCAAUGCCCUCGUCGAUGUGUUGCCCCCAGAGGCCGACUCUAGCAUCCAGAUGCUGCGCCCCGACGAAAAGCCUGAGGUCGCUUACUCGGAUAUCGGAGGUCUUGAUAUGCAGAAGCAAGAGAUGCGCGAAGCCGUUGAACUGCCGCUUACUCAUGGAGAGCUGUACGCACAGAUUGGUAUCGACCCCCCUCGUGGCGUGCUGAUGUAUGGCCCUCCUGGAUGCGGCAAGACUAUGCUGGCGAAAGCCGUAGCUUCCCAUACCUCGGCCUCUUUCAUCCGUGUCGUCGGAUCGGAAUUCGUCCAGAAAUACCUCGGCGAAGGCCCCAGGAUGGUGCGCGACGUCUUCCGGUUGGCCAAGGAGAACUCUCCCUCGAUUAUCUUCAUCGACGAGAUUGACGCCAUCGCGACGAAGCGCUUCGACGCGCAGACCGGCGCUGAUCGUGAGGUGCAGCGUAUUCUUCUCGAGCUGCUCAAUCAAAUGGAUGGUUUUGAUCAGACCACGAAUGUCAAGGUGAUCAUGGCCACUAAUCGACAGGACACCCUCGACCCUGCCCUCCUUCGUCCCGGUCGCUUGGAUCGCAAAAUCGAGUUCCCGCUCCCGGACCGCAGGCAGAAGCGCCUCGUCUUUUCAACAAUCACCGCUAAAAUGAACCUCGCCGAGGAUGUCGACCUCGAGGAGUUUGUUGCUCGACCGGACAAGGUCUCCGGUGCCGAUAUCAAUGCCAUUUGCCAAGAGGCCGGUAUGCACGCCGUUCGAGAGAACCGCUACAUCGUGCUCACCAAGGAUUUCGACAAAGCCUACAAGAAUGUCAUCCGCAAGGACCAGAACGAGUUCGAAUUCUACAAA